UUUAAUUGAACAGGUGCUUGUCAUUAUCUCUGGGUAGCAGCAGCAGAUUGACUUUCUGGAGAUGUCGUCCUCGGGGCUAAGCUGCCCGGCCUGCGGCUCGUCCAACAUCAUAGAGGAUGAUUUGUACUCUCAGUCUCAGUUGGUGUGUGUGGACUGCGGCUCGGUGGUGUCUGAAGGAGUGCUGGCCAAUGACCCAGUCGGAGGCACAAAUGUCAGCUAUAGCCGAUCGACAGCUGUGGCCAGGAAGCCAUGUAUGAACCUGGUAAAAGGUCUGCAGCGUUUAAAAGCCAUAUGUCGGACUCUCAGGGUCCACAAUGAAAUCAUGGAUCACUCACAGAACCUUUACACCCGGGCCUAUCAACAUGAAAGUUUCAUCAAAGUCAGCCUCCAGAAGAAAGAAAUCCUUGCUGGAUGCUGCACGCUUAUCAGCUGCAGACAGCUCAAUUGGCCCAUUACCAUGGGAACCAUCAGCUGCCUGCUGGAUGCUGACCCAAUGGUGGUGGGUGCGGUCUAUCAAGAGAUGGUCAAGAUCCUUAAAAUCGAGGUUCCAGUCAUCAGCCUCACUGAUGUAAUGGAGGCCCACAGCCAGGAGUACAAAAUUAGCUCACUUCACGUUCCUAAAGAAUUUGCUGAGAAUUCUAAGGACUUAACCAAACGUGCCCUGGCCCUGGUGGAGCUAGCAGCAGAUUCCUGGAUCGUGACCGGCCGUAGGCCUGUCCCCAUUAUGAUGGCAUCAAUCUUUUUGGCCUGGCAGUCUUUGAACCCCAACAAGCACCGUCUCAAAUUCUCUCUGGAGAAAUUCUGUCAAUUAGCCAAAGUGAAUAAGAACAAGGCUGCUAUGAAGAGAAUAGCCGAGAUAAAGGAGGUGCUGUGUAAGCUGGGUAAGGAGAUCCCCUGGGUUAGGGAAGCAGUAACACCAGAUAAUGUUGUUCGGCAUGUGGAGGACAUACUAAAGAACCGGGGCGUCUUGCUACGGAGGGCUAUGAGAACCCAUGAAGAUGCUUUGCUGGUAGAGUGUCAGGCUGGCUGUGAGGAGUCCCAAAUCUCUGAGCUUGUCGAUCAUUCUCCUAAAACAUCCCCUGUGGAAGAAUGUGAGCCCAAUCCCGAAAGGGCAGAGCAGUCAGGAGAUGGAAAUGAUAAUCCAUGCACAGUGCCUGAGCUGCUUAGUGACACAGACACCAAAAAACUAGAUGCAGAGCAAAACUGGGGGAAGAGGGUGUUGUUUGCUCCCCCAUGUGUGAUUCAUGCUAAGAAAAGGAGAGUGGAUCAGCCAGAGUUCCAGGAUGUAAAUGGUGAUGAGGAUAUCUCCGACAGUGAAAUUGACUCAUACAUUCGCACUCCUCAGGAAGCUCGAGACUUUGCUCUGACACAGAAGAUCUUGUACUCGUCUGAGAAUGAGAAAUCAUAACAUGGCCAAUUAUGGUUACAUAUCAAGACCAGGGUUUACUUUUUUGGU